UAACCAAUUCACACAUGAUGCACAGCGGAAAGUUCAAGGUGAAGGACGCCCAGCGGACUGUCGUGAUGUGCCAGAUUUCGCUGGCGUGCCGCACGUAACCGGCAACACAAUUUUUUUUUGUUUUUUCUUUUAAAAAAAAGGGAGAUAAUGAAUUAGAAGACGCUUCUGACUUCUACUACAUUAACCCUACCAACGCCAUCUUUCAUCGCCCGUCAUCACCACCACCACCAACAACAACAACAUUGUGACGAUGGGCACCAAACUUCAACUCGACCACCGCCUCCACGGCCUUCUCCUGCUGCUCGUAUGCCUGGUGCGCGGCGCCCUGACCUUGAACUUGGACGGCUCCCCGGGGUCCUACCUGAAGUACCCGCCAUGGGACCCGUGCCUGAACGGGUCCCUGUCGUUCGAGUUCAAAACCAAAGAGCCCAAUUCGCUGUUGUUGUACCUGAACAAAGGCGGGUUCAUGUAUUUUGAGAUUAAAAUGUACAAAGGCGGCAUACGUCUCAGGCUUAAUUUUGGUGACGGUACGCAGAUUCUACGUGCUGGUGAAGCCCUCAACAACGGCGAGUGGCACUCGGUCGAAGUUCGUCAAGACGGCGACAGCACCUUCCUGAAGGUGGACAACCUCGAGCAGCACAAGAAAUCCAGCACCGCCCUGCAGGACUUCACCCCCUCCACCAGCACCAACGACACCUUCCUCUUCAUCGGCGGCAUCCCGCCUGAAUACGACAGCAGAAAAUUUCAAUCCCUGGCGCUCAAGUCGGUGAUAUUCGAACCCCGGUUCACAGGGUCGAUAAGGAACUUGUUUUACCGGACGUGCGGGGCCGAGGCGUUCCGGCCCCAGCCGUUGGAGUCGUACGGGGUGCUGAGCAAGGACAUUGACCACUGCGAGCGGGGGAACCCUUGCCUGAACGGCGGGAAGUGUCUGACGACGGACAGCGGCGUGUACUGUGAUUGUCAGAGCACGGAGUACAAGGGGGAUCGCUGCGAUAUCC